AAGGGUGACGUUCUACAGUACCAGGUUUUGGUCAUUGGCUGCAUGCCUAUGACCAGGCCGUUUUGGGCGUGGAAGACCGUAGGACUAACCCAAAAUAGCGAUCAAGCGCGCCCUUAAGUCUACAAUGCUCCGCUGCGCUUUCAAACGUCACCGGGAAGGGCGCACUAGGGCCUCCAGUAUAUCAGAAGUACAUGACUCAGAAUAAUGAGUACCAUUUCAAUCCCACCUCUGGACACAGAUCUUAUUCAGUGAUUCCUACGAAUAGCACCUAUCAAGCAGUGACCACCAGUCAGGGCCAGCACUAUUUCCACAAUGGGCAAAUUGCCCAUCUUCGAACUUCCGAAGUACAUCGAUGAGAACGCAGUCCAGGCAAAGCAUGUUCUUGCAGGCAGUGCUACUCCCAGUCUGUCGAUCGAGGACCUCAUAGCAAUCUCUUCGGACCCAAAUGCAACGGAGAAGGCGCUGAACUUCCGGUCUCUCAAGCUAGGCGGCGACUUACGCCAGGGCACUCCUGCCGUGCGGAACGCUAUUGCAGGCCUCUACGACAAGGAAAAGGGUGUCUUACCAGAGCAUAUCAUCACGGCUAUCGGGACCACGGGCGCCAAUCUGACCGUGUUCCAAGCUCUUCUCGGUGUCGGCGACCAUGUCAUAUGCGUGUAUCCCACCUAUGGCCAACUUCCCGGUCUUCCCAAGGGCUUUCCCUGCGAGGUCUCGCGAUGGGAGCUCGACGCCAGUAAUGGCUGGAGACUUGAUGUCGGAGAGCUCCGCAAACUGAUCAGACCUGACACGAAGAUGCUCGUGUUGAAUAAUCCCAACAACCCCACUGGCUCACAUAUUGACGUGGUCAUGCAAUCUCGGAUACUCGAGAUUGCUCGCGAGCACAACCUCAUUGUGGUCGUGGAUGAAAUCUUCAGGCCACUGUUCCACGCUGUCCAAGGAGAAAAGAUGGUCCCGUCGUUCGUGGAGCAUGAGUACGGCAAAGUGGUCGUGACUGGGUCGAUGAGCAAAGCAUGGGGGCUGUCUGGGGUCAGAAUAGGAUGGAUCGUAUGUCGAGACGAGACUCUGUUCGAAUUACUCGUGAAUGCUCGUCAAUAUACCUUCCAGUCAGCGAGUGUCAUUGACGAAGUCAUCGCCACAGAAGUUCUGGGCGAUCGGUGCCGGCCGGCCAUACUCAAGAGACAUCUCGAAUAUGCUCAGAAGAACCUGCAACUGUUGGAGGCAUUCGUCAACGAGCACAGCGAUACAUUGUCGUGGAACAAACCAACUGCUGCUUCAACCGCGUUCAUCCGGCUGUCUUCGAAUGGUAAGCCCAUGGACGAUGUGGAGUUCUGUCGUGCGGUACUCCAGGAAGAAGGACUGCUAUUCAGUCCCGGCAGUCUUUGCUUCGGGGACGAGAGACAGACAGCAUUGCGAGGUUAUGUGAGGGUUCAUUUCACCCUAAAACCGGAGGCGAUGGUCAAAGCAUUGGAGGCCUGGGACAGGUUUCUUGCAAAGAUGCGGCAGUCUCUCAAAUAGGAUUCGUGAUAGGAUUGACAGAGCUGGGCGAAGAAGGUGCAGGGAGACCCGUAUUUCGUACACUGUUCGUAUACCUGAGAGCUUCUUAACCUCAAGGUCGGACUUGUCGGCAAGCAUGUGCCGUGGGGCGGCUUGCCAAUUUCGACACCUACCAAAUGCAGCAAUGCAGCUUGACUCGUCCUUAACCUGAUGCAAAAUCAAGCCAGGCAAGCA